UUCUAACUGUCAAAAUUUGCUUGCUCUCGCGCUCUCUUGCUGGCAAAUAAAGUACGCGAACGACUUCUAAUAAAAAUUUGUGAAAAUUUGCAAAAAUUUUUGAGUUCUCGAACACAGCUAAUAUAAAUGUAAACAUAUGUUUUCAUAAUACUUCUAAUUAAAAAGAUAGAGAUAAAAAUAUUUUUGCAAGUUUUUAGUUAUGGCUAGUAUAAAGUGCUUAGCUAACCUUAACCGUUUUCGCUUAGUAACAUUCGACAUAACAGAUACAUUGAUCCGCUUUAGCAGAGCCCCGGCUGUUCAGUAUGCGAAGACGGCCGCGCAAUUAGGAGUUACCGAUAUUGAUCAAGUAGCAAUGGAAAGAUGCUUUAAAAAGGAAUUCAUGGCCAUGAAUAGACAGUAUCCCAACUGGGGUUGCAACAUACCAAACUUCACAUGGCAGCAAUGGUGGUCAACCCUGGUAUCCAAUAUUUUCUAUUGUGCCAAACCUGACAUUGAUCAACACAAACUCAAAGAACUGACGAACAUUUUAGUUCGUACUUAUAGAACAAGUGAUUGUUAUCGUCACAUCGAAGGUGGCAGGGAACUGGUCGACAGAGUACGUAAUGCUGGCAAGAAAGUGGGUGUUAUUUCGAAUUUCGACCCAAGUCUGAAAAAAGUUUUAUCUGAAGUAAAUUUAGCGGAUAAGUUUGAUUUCAUAUUGACAUCUUAUGAAGUGGGGUUUUCAAAACCGAGCAAGGAGAUUUAUGAUGCAUCGCUGGCAAUUAGUAAAGUUGAAGCCCACGAAGCCUUACAUAUAGGAAAUAUGUAUGCCCUGGAUUAUUUGGGUGCUCGCAAUGCUGGUUGGUCCAGCAUUCUAAUAACACCGAACGAAAUCGAUCUUAACAAGGCUCAACCAACGCAUGGCUUUCGUAAUAUUAAAGAAUUAUUGCACGUCUUAGACAACGAUGUUAUAGAAUGGUAGUAGAAUAAUAACGUUUUAAAUUUGCAUUUUGUUAAAUUAAUUUAAUAGUAUAAAGGUUCAAAUUUAAAUUGUUUCACAA